UGGCCAAUGAGCAUCCACUCUCAUAUCGCGUACUUUUGCGCGCUUGAAUCGCACCAGGCGGUAAAGACGGAUAAAUAAAUUACAACAAUUCUGUAAAGAAAGGAACAAACGAAUCGUUUGUUAUAACAUCAGCAGCGUUAGCUGACAAGGAGCUAGCAAAGACCAGCUAACCAGCAGCAACCCGUGUCCUCUCCGGGGAAAUGGCAAGCGAAGACUCCAUUUUGGACAGUGUUGAUGAGAUGGAUGACUUCUCAGAUUCUGGCAGUGACUUUGAGAUCACGUUGAAAGCCAGAAAGCGGGGCAAGAUGGCAGUAACCGGACCUCAGCCACCCAAGAGACCAAGGCAUAAAGCUGCAUUGAGGGUGUCCAGCCGCAGCAGCUCCAUCCCCACUUCUUCAGACUCCUCCUUGCAGCAGCAGCAGCCCUCUGGGAGGACAUCCAGGCAGGCGUCCAGACCUGUGACCGCACUGAGCGAGGGAAGCCGAGGCAUCAGUGCAGAGAAUAUCCAUGAUGCGGUCUGCUCUGGAAAGAGUGCCAUGGUGACGGUGGUGGACGAGUGGCUGGACAGCUACAAGCAAAGCCGAGAGCAGGGGCUGCUGGUGCUCAUCAACUUUGUUGUUGGGUCCUGUGGAUGCAAAGGAGUGGUUACCAGAGAGAUGUUGGAUAACAUACAGAAUGCUGAGAUCAUCGGCACACUAACCAAAGAGUUCAAUGAGGUUUCAGUGAACUACCCUCUGUGUACUCCAGGCCCCCAGCUGAAGCGUUUCAAAGCCGGCCUGUGCGAGUUUGUUCAGGUUCUUGUGAGAUCGUGUCGAAAUAGCCUAAUUUAUGAUGAGUACCUCUUCCCAUCCCUGCUGGCUAUGCUCACUGGCCUCUCCGACUCCCAGGUCAGAGCCUUCCGACACACCAGCACCCUGAUCGCCAUGAAGGUGAUGACCGGGCUGGUGGAAGUAGCCGUGCUGGUGUCUGUUCAGCUGCAGACCACCCAGCGGCAACACAACCUGGAGAACAGCAAGGGGGCACAUGAACGAGCCCCCGGCAGACUGGAGGAGCUGCAGGCCACCAUCAGUGAGCUGCAGGAGAACAGAGAGGAGCUCUCCUGCAUGAUGAACGCCGCGUUCCGCGGUGUGUUUGUGCACCGAUAUCGGGACCAGCUGGCUGACAUCCGGGCUACGUGCAUUGAGGAGUUGGGCAUGUGGCUGCAAAAGGACCCUGAAGACUUCCUGAAUGAUGGCUAUCUUAAAUACCUGGGGUGGACCCUGCAUGACAAGCAAAGUCCAGUGCGUCUGCGGUGUGUGCGUGCCCUGCAGGGUCUGUACCAGGAGAAGGAAUUCAUUGGCCGCCUGGAGCUUUUCACCAGCAGAUUUAAAGAGAGGAUGCUCUCCAUGGUGCUGGACAAGGACCCAGAGGUGGCAGUGGAAGUGGUCAACCUCUUGCUGUUGCUCCAACACAGGACGGAGGAAGGUCUGAGAGAGGAGGAGUGUGGUCCCAUCUAUCCUCUGGUUUACGCCUCAAACCGAGCCCUCGCUUCUGCAGCCGGCGUCUUCCUCUUCAAGAAGCUGAAGACUGUGCUCGCCAGUGACCACCACGAGAGCGAUAACAGUGGAAAUGCAGCCUUCUUUCAAAUCCUCAUCACCUUCUUCAUCCAGAGCGAGUUCCACGAGCACGGCGCUUACCUGGUGGACAGUCUGUGGGCCGUGGCCAGGUCGGAGCUCAGAGACUGGGACACUAUGACGGCAAUGCUGCUACAGGAGUCUGGUGAGGAACGAGGUCUGAUUUACGAGGAGGAGGGGGUUCUCAUAGAGCUGAUGAUGUGUGCCAUCAGACAGGCAGCACAGGCCACCCCCCCUGUCGGGAGAACUCCGGCCAAGAAGAACGUGACCAUGAAGGAUAAGAAGGUCCAGGAACAAGACAGGAGGCGUAUCACCUCACACUUCAUCCCGUUACUGCCACAGCUGCUGGCCAAGUACUCAGCAGAUGCAGAGAAGGUGAGCCUCCUUCUCAAAGCUCCCCUGUACUUUUCUCUGGAGAUGUACAGCAGCGCCGCAGGGCUGGACAAGCAUUUGGACCUGCUGCUGUCUCAGGUCUGGGGCAUCAUUGAGAAGCACACAGAUGUCACUGUGCUGGAGGCUUGUGCCACCCUUCUCAGCACCCUCUGUGCCGACCGCUACACCUUCUCCUCCCGCACCAACCUGGUCUUCAGCCAGCUGAUGGACAGCCUGACGGAGUGCCUCAACGCCUACCUGAGUGACCUGGUGCAGGGUACUGCAGAUGACGACGAUGUUUACAGUGCAGCCACUGCGUUGAAAAGGAUUGCCGCUCUGAGCAGUGCCAAGGACCCGACCAGCUGGAAGCUGUUCGACUCGUGUCUGGAGCUUCUGAAGAGCAGGAUGGAGUCCAGAGAGUUGGACAAGGAGCUUAUGGUGUCGGCCUUAAGAUGUGCUGCCUUUUACCUGAUGUGGGCUAAAGUGAAUGCAGUUAACUCCACGCCAGCUGAGGAGGAAGUGAAGCGUCUGAAGAAGGAGAUGCGUUCGUUCUGCAGAGUUUGUGAAACGUGUCUGUCUCUGAACCAGAAUGAGAUCCGAGAUCAGGCGUUUGAGCUGCUGUGUGACCUGCUGCUCUUGUACGGCGCCAGUUCCGCCCGCGUUAAACCCGACGCGCUGGUCUACCUGCCGUCGGAUUCCCUGCGCUCCGAGAUGGCUGCUUUCCUGCUGGACUACGUCUUCUCCGACUCUGAAGAUGCUGAGCUCAACGUUGAGGCUGAGGAGGCGAUGAAGAUCACUCUUCUCCAGAGGAGGCGCAACCAGCUGGCCGGCUACUGUAAGAUGGUCCUCUACGGGGUGCUGGACCUCACUGCUGCCACCAACGUCUUCAAGCACUACAACAAGUAUUUUAAAGACUAUGGCGACAUCAUCAAAGAGACUGUGAGCAAGAGCAAGGUCAUCGAUCCUGUGCGGAGCGCCAAGACCGUCUGUCUGUGUCUGCAGCAGAUGUUCUCCGAGAUGCUGACGGAGGAACAGAGCAGGCAGGAUGUCGGUGAGAUCCGGGACUUGGCCAAGAGGCUCGCCAUGAGCUUCGGCAUCGACCUUAAGCGCGCUCGCAAACCGCUGGUGGCCCUGCACGUGGAAGGCGUACGUUUUGCAUUUCGGGAGCCGCCAGAGGGAGAGGAGCAGCAAUCGAAUGUGGCCUUCUUGGAGAUCCUCAGCGAGUUCAGUUUCAAGCUGCUUCAACAGGACCGUGUUCAUUUGGCCGCGGUCCUGAAGUCAGAGUGUCCCGCUGCUGCCCUCUCCUGGCCGUCAGUCAGACUGUAUCAGCGCUCCUUGGAGGGCCGCUCUGCGAAAGCCAGAGUGACGGGGGAGGGAGGCGAUGCCGACUUCUCCCAUGAAGCCCCCGCAGCGAAACGCAAGAGGUCAACUCCUCAGGUCCGGGGAUCCUGGUUGGACGGCUCAAGCGUCCACAGCAGCCUUCCCCCUCCAGCCUUCACCUCCACGGCACAGAGACCGCCGGCCUCCAGAGCCAAAGAGUCUGAGCCGGGGUCCGAGGACGAGUUCUCUUUGGGGUCCAGUAUGCGAAAGGUGAAGCCCUCCAGACACCAGCCACUGUUGUCCAGUCAGACCGCUCGCUCUGUGGAUACGGAGGACAUCAACUCCCCCCUCAACUUAUUAUCUCUGAUUGCGGACGAUGACGAUGAUGAAGAAAGAGAAGAGGAUCCUGAUAUUAAGGAUUACGAAAGUGACUCCGACAAUGAUUCUGCAUAUACACUGCCUUCCACCCGGCACACCUCAGCCAGCGUCCUCGAUGAGCUGUUUGACUGAGGGCACAGAGGCCUCGGCGUCCUGGGGAACAGCUGUUCUUUUCAUCUUCAGCUCAGCACAUCUCACUGGACUGAGUGUUUUAUUUGUGACCAGUCUACGCAGUUCCCCUGUCAGCUCUAGUUUAGUCGUCAUUUUGUUGGAGGAAAGGAGGACGGCAUAAUUGAUUAGGACGUUUUGGGGAAACAUUGGUUGCAAUUCACGAUUGCGAUUGUUAAGUAUUGAAGUUAAUUUAAAUCGCCGUUGACUGAAAUUUUUCCCUCCUGUUAUGGAUUUAGUGUCACAUUUUGCACUGUUCAAGAUUAAAUAUUUUUUGUGGGACACUUGUUGAUUUAAUGUUGAUUAAAACAUGGUUAACAGUGAGUAUCCUAAGAACAAUUGUCUGAGUGUUCAUUGAAGUGUGGUGGUCACUUUUUUCUUUUUAUGCACAU